CAACAGACCGCGCGAUCGUUCACAUCGCCGACGCGAAGCAAGAGGGGGAGAGCGAGAGAGAGAGAGAGAGAGAGAGCGCGCGAGAGAGAACGAGUGAAAGGAAGAGAGUGAGAGAAAGAAAGGAGUGUGCGAGAGUGUGGCGUGUGCAUAAUAUAUCUACGUUGAAAAGGGAGCGAAAGAGAAGGAUCAAAAUAUAAUACGAGAGAAAGGCGCAUCUUGGGGGAGGAGAAGAGAAAGAGAGAGAGAGAACGAGAAAAAGGAAGAGAGAGCGGAGAAGAGAAGCGCAGACUAUGUUACGAGUCGUCGUCUUCGCCGUCGUCGCAGUCAUCGUCGUCGUCGUGCCGCUCGGUCUCGCCUGAACAAAGGAAGGUUCUUCUCCCUCGGCUCUCCGCGUCGAGGGUCGUUUCCGAUCGACGAACCGUCGGGAUCCUUCCUCGGGUGCCUUCGGCGCGGCUCGUGUGCGUCGGGCGCGCACGAAGCGGUCAGUCACGUAGCAGCGGCCGAGACGUGAGGAACAAAGGACGGCGGCAGGAUCUGCGCGCGCGAGAAGAGGGUGAUCCGAGCGCGGUGCGGGGUUUUAACAAAAACGAGCGUUGUACACCCGGCGGUCGUGCGCGUUUGCUCCCCGGCGACAUUGUUGGCACUCACGGGUCGAAAAAGCGGCGUAAACUCUCUCUCUCGAUCGGAUCGAGAUCUCUUUCUCAUAUCAAGAAAGACAAGUAGAAGGAGAGAGAUAGAGAGAGAAACUCCUCGCUGCUCCAAACAACGCGAGCCACUCAUAAACCGGUGUUCCGAAACCGACGGACGCGUCGCGAACUCCCGUUGACUUGUGCAUUGUGCGUUGUUUUUUGCUUUUUUUAUACUUUUCUAUCCUGACGAUAUCCUGCGACGAUUCCGGAGAGGAGAGAGAGAGAGAGAGACAGAGGAAGAAAGAAAGAAAAGAGCGGUAGCGUACCUGCCUGUCGGACAUCCUUCUAUACGAAAAGGGACACGAUUUGUGGAGUGAAAGAGUGAGAGACGACCGGAGAGUGCAAGCAGGGUGAGAGUAGAAGAAAGAGAGAACGAGACCCCGGAUUUUUUGGCCUGCCUGCCUGUCUGCCUGCCUUGCCUGCCUUUGCCUGCCUGCGCGACGAACCGGCGACCUAACCUAACGACAACGACGGUCGAGUAGUGCGCGCGAGAGAGAAUCGGAAGGAGGAGAAGAAUCUCGUUUGUGCGAGGGUCGUGGGAAGGAGCCGGGAGGCGAAAGGACGAAAGUGAAAAGGAAAAAUCGGAGCGCGCGUCCUCCGUUCUCUCCGCUCCGGCGUCUGUUUAACGACGUCGUGGCUUUUUCUUGUGACAUGUGCCGCAGAGUGUGCCGCGACUGAAGGGAGACACAAACGGGAAGCUCAACGUUUAUUCGGCAGCGCACGGAUUAUCCUCGUGUUUACGGGAUGCCGGUUGACUGAAGAUGGCCUCGCCGACACCCUCAUUGGAAUCGCGCGCAAAUUCCCUCGGGUCCCCGGUCUCGCUGUCCCCAGUAACGGUGAGCGGCAGCUCGCCGCCUGCUAGCGACUCGGCGAUCUGCGACGUCGACAGCUGCGACUUGUGCCUCGACGCACCAAAGUCGGGCGAAGAUCCGUGCCCGCGCUGCCGGCUGGGUAGCACCGGUGGCACCAGUCGCAUCCGUUGCACCGGCUGCAAGUCCACUGAAGCUGGCGCAGUAGCGCGUUGUUACGAUUGUGAUCAGUUUCUCUGUCCAAAUUGCGUGAUGGCACAUCAAUUUAUGCUCUGCUUCGAAGGCCACCGGUUAUUGAACUUGGCCGACUCCAAGCUGGAGACCGUCGGCAGCGGUGGCGGUGGUAGCACAAUCACCGCGACGACAGAAUUGCCUAAAAGCGCCUGUAACGGCAGCAGCGGCGGCGGCGGAGGUGGUGGUGGUAACAAUCUAGUUAUCAACGGCACCGGAAACAGUAACAAUGCGCCCAAUGCCGAGAAGAUACAUUUCUGUACGCGACACAAACAGGAGAUAAUCAAGUACUUCUGUCGAAGCUGCAAUGUGCCAAUUUGCAAGGAGUGCACCGUGGCGGAGCAUCCAGCGCCGUUGCACGAUUGUGCUCACGUCUCGGAAGUAGGCACGCAACAGCUGGAGGCGUUGUCGCGGAUCAUUCAGGAGUGCCGCGCGAAGGCGGCGGACGCGCGUGCGGCGGUCAAAGCAACGGACCAUAACACCGCAGUGCUGCAGGUGCAGUAUCACAAGGCGCAGAAUGAGAUCAACGAUACUUUUCAGUUCUAUCGAUCGAUGCUGGAUGAGCGCAAGCAAGAGCUGCUGAAGGAACUCGACUCAGUGUUCUCGACCAAGCAAAUCUCCUUGAAUGUGCUCUCCCAACGAGCUAACGAGAUGGCGGACAAGAUGAUGCAAACCUGCGACUUCGUUGAGCGCGUAACCAAGGUCACCACCAUCACCGAUUUCCUCAUGGUCAAGAAGAUCCUCGAAGCCAAGCUCCAGUCACUGCUCAGUUACACCCCGAAUACAGACAUAGCCAAUCAGACAGCGGACCUUGAGUUUGUCAGUAAUUAUCAGGCGAUACAAGUGGGAGUGAGGAACACUUUCGGUUAUGUUCGGAGUAAUAGUAACAGUGAAAACAACGCCGGUUCGAUCGGCAAACAGCCGCCUAUCGCGCGACCUACUGCUCUGUCGAGCAACGGGAUUGGUAGCAGCGGUAGCAGCAACAUCAGCAACGGGCCCGGAAGCGGCGCCGGUUCUCUGGGCAGUCUCCUCUUAGAUCGGACUUACAGUAACGGCCUGAUCUCCUCCAGUAUGAAUUGCGGCUCGUCGUCAUCACCUUCCUCGAUCGACACUGUCAGCAGCGUGAUCUCAAAACGUUUCAGUUCGGCCAACAGCCUCGGCCCGUUCUCCACGACGAUCAGCGACGUGAAUCUAAACGGCAUGAAUGCCAAUCCGUAUGAGAAAUGGAGCAACGGCGGUAGUGACACUUAUCCGGUCGGGACGACGAACGACCAUUUCGCGAUGCCGUCGGUAUCCGUAGCGACAAACGCCCCACCAAGCGAUCCCGUCCUUGACUUGACUACGAAACUGAUGUCCACCGCGAUAUUCCCGCCCAAGUCACAAAUCAAACGGCAGAAGAUGAUCUACCAUUGUAAGUUCGGUGAGUUUGGCGUGAUGGAGGGCCAGUUCACCGAGCCGUCGGGCGUCGCGGUGAACGCGCAGAACGACAUCAUCGUUGCCGACACGAACAAUCAUCGCAUCCAGAUCUUCGACAAGGAAGGCAGGUUCAAGUUUCAAUUCGGCGAGUGUGGCAAACGCGACGGCCAAUUGCUCUAUCCAAAUCGCGUCGCCGUCGUGAAGACGUCCGGUGACAUUAUCGUUACGGAACGCUCGCCGACUCAUCAGAUACAGAUUUACAAUCAGUAUGGUCAAUUUGUACGCAAAUUCGGCGCGAACAUCCUCCAGCAUCCGCGUGGCGUCACCGUUGACUCCAAGGGACGAAUCGUCGUUGUGGAAUGCAAAGUGAUGCGCGUCAUCAUCUUCGAUCAGGCCGGCAAUGUUCUGCAAAAGUUCGGCUGUUCGAAACACCUCGAAUUCCCGAACGGCGUCGUGGUGAACGAUAAACAGGAGAUCUUCAUCAGCGACAAUCGCGCCCAUUGUGUCAAGGUUUUUAACUACGAGGGCGCUUACUUACGGCAGAUCGGCGGUGAGGGUAUCACCAACUAUCCGAUCGGCGUGGGCAUCAAUACGCAUGGCGAGAUACUAAUAGCGGACAAUCAUAAUAAUUUCAAUCUGACCAUCUUCACGCAGGAUGGCCAGUUGGUCUCGGCCCUUGAGAGCAAGGUGAAGCACGCGCAGUGUUUCGACGUGGCGCUAAUGGACGACGGCUCGGUCGUAUUGGCCAGUAAAGAUUACCGGCUGUACAUAUACCGCUAUGUACAGGUACCGCCGAUCGGCAUGUAGAGCAGUGACGCGUCACGACGACGACGAUGAUCGUCGUGCGCCAGUGUCAACGUUUUUCAUCGUGUCAUCGCCAUCACCAUCGCCGCUCUUCGUCGUUAGACGGUCGCGUGGCCAUCACGAUCUCAUCGAUCUUUCCUCUCACCUACGUUCGCCUGUCUUCUUCUACGUCCGCUUCACCGCCAACGCUCGCGCGCUCAACUCACCACCUUCGUCAUCAUCUUGUACCCAUCACCCUUCUUCGCUCGACCCACCUACGAGACGUUUCACGCCGACCAUGAGAAAGAAGCGCAUCUUUUAUUGCUCCAUACAUGACUCUCAAGGAACCGACUCCCGAGCGAGUGUCGUUCACGUGGCAAGAAAAUUGGGAGUACCCUCGCCGGAACACUUUCCCGAGGCGCUCCUCUUGUGGACUCUGCCGAACGACGGACAUCACCGACGGUAUGCGAGAAAGCACGCGCGCGCUUCCCUCGAUAAUCCUCCUCGCGCUUCCGCGAGCUGUCCCUCUUUAUCUCGCGUAGAAAAGAGCGAAAAGAAAGAGGAGAAACGCGCAACGCUUUGUGUGUAGAGCCCUUGCGACGCUGGGCUGUUUAGGACCCGCAAAUAAGAGAAAGAGAGAAAGAAAAAGAGAGUGAGAGAGGGAGAGAAAGAGAGAGAGAGAGAGAGAGGACGUAUAAAUCAACCCUGCCCCGAAAAAUUCGCGCGCGCUCCUUUCUUCGCGCGUACGCGCCGUAUAUACGCGCGCGCGUACGCGAUGACUUACUUGUUAAUGUUGUUAUAAUACUGAAAAUACUGUUGUUGUUGUUUAGUUGUAGAGCUCGCCGCCGCUAGUCACUUCCCCCCUCGCCUUCCACCUUCUGAGAUCCUCUUCCCUUCACGUCCGUUACCAUUCUCCCACUUCCCCAUCCCCAUUUCCCCACACUAACCACAGUCUUCUCUCUGAGACCUCGUCCGACGAUCACACCAGGAAGCGCGUUUCCAUUCGUCACGACGACAUGGUCCACACUUAACUAACACACACAUCGGGUUGUUACGCGUGCCCGAAUCCCACGCGCGUUUACCAUUUUUUUCGUUACUCUCUUCGACGGUGGUCGAUCGCGACCGUCGCGCUCGGGUCACUUCCGGUCAUCGCGCUUCGAAAUGUCUCCCUCCAAAUGCCGUGCGAGGUUCGCGGGGAACGUCCGUUUAUCACGCGAACAUCCGUUUCGUUGUUACAUCUUAUGAGAGAUUUGUUUUUUUUUUUUUUUUUUUGAGAUCCCACGCGAAAUCCCAACGAUUUUGCGCAAAACCAUCUUUCAACAGGUUUGAUCCUUGUCCCAUGGGACACGAGACUGAUUGCCGCGAGUAUUGCAUGGUCUUAUUUAUAUCUUAUUUACUCCGGUAAGCUUCGAAUUAGCUCGUACAUCGUCAACACAUCUGUGGUCUUUGUUAAACGAUUUUGUUUCCCAAAUUGUUCGUGCAUUACUUCUAUGGACAAUUGUUUGAUCUUAUUGCAUAAAGACGUCAGAUUGAUCCAUGUGUUAUUAAUAUAUAUGAUACGUUUGCGAAAAUAGUUUGAGAAAUUGUUAGAGAAACUAAAUAAUUUCGUCAUUAUAUUUCAAUACAAUAUAUAUGUCAACAUAUUUGGGUAGCAGACUCGCCGAAGAUUGUUGAAUGUCGUGUAUGGGCGCAUUUGGGACUGUUCUGAUCAUUCGAGAUCAGUUGACCCAAUUAAUCCAUUCGUGAGACGCGAGAAUCGUCCUGCGGAUUCUAAGUAACCGAACGACAGGACAUCUUGUAUGUUGCGGAUCGAUAGAUCGUAUCCCCGAUGAAUUUGCCCUUCGGUCCCCCGUCUCAUCCGCCUAUCGGUUUUUGUAAACGAUUAUCGACAAUUCCUACGGAAACUCAUCCUGAGAUGCAUUUCGUAAACUAUGACAGCGUUUCGUUGAACGUCAUUGAACGGUCAUCGCGCGCGUUUAUAUUUUUUUUCUUGUUUCUUCAACUUACUGUUAUUGAUUAGUUUUACUUUAAUUAAUUUCUGCUCCCCCCUUCAGUCCGUACAUCCGUCUCUGUCAUUCAUAUCGCGAAAUCGCGUUGACCCGCAUUAAUUUUUUUGAUCAUACAAUUACUUUUUCUCACUCAAUUUACGUGAUAAAUUUAUUAACUUCUGUCGGCGAGUAUAUGCUGAGUGCUUAUCGACGGUAUCGUUAUUCAUCACGUUAAAGAUGUGUAUUUCUCGCGAUACAUUUCAGAUUCGCGGGAAAUCACUAUCACCAAGUAACGUUAACGCUUAAAUAUAUGAGAUCCUGAAUUUAUUCACAGAUAACGCAGACAAACUCUAGAUAAAGAUCGUAAUUCGCGGAGACGUACAGGAAUCACAAGAGAAUUCGUCAGAGACCUGAAUGGUGUAGUAUUACAAGAGAUGAAUCUCAAGAAAAGAAAUAGGAUGCUUGGCGUUUGAUCUACGCGUAAAGAAAAAAAAACCGAUUGCGUAUACCGACAGAUUAGAUCAUCGAGGCUCAUUCUCGGCUUUUCAUAGCAAUAUUUCACGCAAUCGUUUUAACGUAAUCACUAUCUUCAUCAGUAUGAAAGCAGAAGGCGAAUUGUCAUCGUCUUCUCCGACUUCCCACUUUACAGCGAAACCCUCUUCCUUUUUUUUCUUAUUAGCGUAGUUAGUAUCGUAGCGCAUAUAGUAGCUAUUAGCCGUUUUUUUUAGCGAUCGUAAGACUUUCCUUUUCGCUCUGUAUCUCAUUCUCUCGAUAGUUAUGUUAUCACAGCCUGAUGCAACUUUUGUUUCUUCUCUCUUUUUCAUUUGUAUCGCUGCGCUUAAAAAAAAAAGUAAAGAAUGCGUUGUUGCUACCGCUUACGUUUUUAAAAUUCUCACGAAACCAUCGUCUGCCCCCAAACACCAACGUUGAGAAUCACCAACCACUACCAUCACCACCCUCCGAUUCCCACCCGACUGCCGCGCAGCCGUUUUAGGUUUGCGCUGGCGUCUUCUUCACUCGAAACAAAAAACUUAUGAGUAUUAAUAAUAUAUUUUGUUGGAUGGAUCGCCAAUCGCGGAAGUCCUCACAAAGUCUCCGCCGCGCGACUCCGUGCAUGUUUGCUAUUAUUAUAUUUUUUAUUAAUAUUAUUCUAUUAUUAUUAUUCUAUUAUUAUUAACGUGUUGCGACUUUCGGUUGUCGAUAUGAGAUGUCAUCCAACGCUCCCUGUAUUGUGAAGAGAGAAAGGCUAGCUGGCAUACCCUAACGGCCCUAAUUAUUACGGCCACGAGGAUUCGUGAAUUAUGUCAGGAUCUUUGGUUACAUCGAUUAUUGCUUCGCUCACCCAAACAUCAAUUCUGGAAGUUUUGGAAGUCCCUGGACUGAUUCAAAGCUUUCGGAUUCUCGUGCUCAAUUGUUUACGGGAAAAUUUGUUUCAUUACUUGGAGAAUAUUAUAUGUGUUAUGCAUAGAAUAGUUAGUGAAUUUUUAUUUUUUAAGAUUAAUUCUCCACGACUCGAUCGAGUAUCGGAUAUUGUUUCAAUUCAGUGACAGAUAUUUUUUUAAUAGAAUAGUAAAUUAGAAUAAUGGAAAUAAUGAUUUAUCAAUAGCUGACUCUCUGUAAUUUGAUUGGGACUCGAGCAAAAUAACUAAAAUUCAAUUUCUACGUCUUCAAAUAGUUUCGUCAUCGAUCGUAAUUGAAGAUCCUGAGAUAAUCCGCAGUCAUCGCUGUCUCGUGAUCGCUUGAUUUGGUAGUCGAAUCUGAUUGCACGUUUCAUUGAGCAACGAGCUGACAUUUACGAAGUCGGACUGAAGAUUCGUGGCAUUCGAUUAAGAACUUUGAUCCAAAGAUUUUUUUUAUCCUUCGAUCAAUCUACUGCGAAUUUGUAGUGCUCGAGAAACACAAAUUGUGAUCUAAGCGUACCUGUUGUGUAGUCACUGUUUACAAGUAUAAAAUGGCUUUUCCAGAAGAGAAAGAGUGAUACGAGAUGCGAUCAAAAGAAUGUAAUGUUUCGAUGACAUUUAUGCGAACGUUACGAAUCUCAUGAUCGACGUUUGUCAAUUAGUGAGUAUUUAGGUAGAGACACACGCGAAUUAUGAUGUACGAAAAAACAUUUUGCAUCAACCGAUGAACAUUGCCAGUGUGUGAUAUUUGACAUAGGUACAGGCACUAAAAUAGAUAUUGCAUCGUGAAUCCUUUUAAUUCUUUCGCAAUUAAAGUGCUGCAGUUAAAAGACUACCGAAGCAGGUGAUCGUCGCUUGAAUUUCGUCCUUGUUCGUCCGAGAAAUAAUUCCGUAGACAUUCCGUGAACAUUUCCGAUCUUCGAGUCGCGUAAACGCUCAGAAUCAUAUCGCGAAUCAGUUAUGCGCAACCUGUCGUUUGCCGUCUCGAACGGAGAAUUCGAUGUUAUUUUUGAUCGCAAAUUUUGGACAUUUUCCGAUUGGAAUGUCCUCGUCAUGACGACAACCUUUACGGACGAACAAGGAUGAUAGAAAUUGACAGGGUGCCCGGAGAGAGAAAAACGAACGUAGGAGUCAUAGAAUUAUUUAGAUUCUCAUUUUUCAUCGUAUCGCGAUUUUAUUUCGAUGUUUCUUUUUAUUUUAGUCUGUCGAUUAGGCGCCAUUAUCGCGUCGGCUCGGGCAAACCGUCAAGCUGUUUUUUUUUUCAAUUUCUUGAUUCGUCAAGCUGUUUCAACAUUUAAUCGAUCGCGCUUUCGCGCCUUUAAUCUAUUUUUUUUAAUAACUUGACAAAGACGGAAUGCCAAGAGAACGACGCGAAUGGAACAUCCGUAAAAAUUCGAAAACUUUCUUUAGGAAGGGGGGGAUAUAUUAAUUUGGAGAGGGAAGGGGUGCACACAAAGGAAGUUUGCACCAUCGAGACGGCAUCACAAGGUAUCUGUCCAUUAGUAUUUAUAUCACAUAAGCAUGUGUUGAUCCCUAAUUAACAUUACUGUCAUUAUUAUCAUUAUUGCUAUUAUUAAUUAGUUAUUAUCGAUAUUUAGUUACUAUUAUUAUUAUUAUUACAUUAUUAUCCUUAUUAAUCAGUUAUUAUAUCGUUAUUGUAUCGUAUUAACGCGUUUGACGCGAAAACCGAGAAGAGACGAUGCGCCACCUUGCCAGCUAGCCAUCACUACCACUUCGCCGCUCUCAUUGUCAAUAAUCGGCCGUGAGGCGCGCGCACACAAGACAAGAGAUUAAAUUCCAUUCCUACGCAUUACUCCCAAAGUAAGAGCCCCGCGAGAUGUACGUACAUGCGUGUGUGUAUGUGUGUAUAUGUUACUACUGUGCCUGCGUGUGUUUUAUAUAUGCGUGCGCGCUCGCAUUGCAACGCGUUAUCACCAAGAGAAUGAGACGCUCCGCGAUGCGCGCGAGAGAUGAGAACGAAA